AUGAGGUCGGUGUCUGUGGCGUUUUUAACGGCGAUUCUUGUCGUCGCUUAUGCUGAACCGGAUGAGCUUCCAUUGGCAGAGCCUUGUGAUGAAUCAGCGUGCAAAUUGCCCAACUGCCUGUGCUCAAGUCAGGAUAUCCCAGGAAAUUUAGAACCCAGAGAUACACCUCAGUUUGUUCUACUUACAUUUGAUGAUGCUAUUACUGAUUUAAACACACAGACCUACCGCUCCCUAAUUUAUAGGCGCACUAAUAAAAAUCAGUGCCCCAUUGGAGUGACUUUCUUCAUGCAACAUGAAUAUACCGAUUACGUUAUGGUUAACGAGCUAUACAACCAGGGCUUCGAGAUUGGUUUGCAUUCCAUUUCUCAUAGAACGCCACAAGAUUUCUGGAGGGAUGCUAGCUACGAACAGCUGAUGCGCGAGAUCGGAGAUCAGAAACAACAGAUUUUUGCAUUUGCAAAUGUUCCCGCUAGCACAAUUACAGGUGUGCGCAGUCCAUUCCUACAAUUAAGUGGCAAUAACAAUUUUAAAAUGAUGAAGAGCGCUGGCAUCACAUACGACUUGUCUCGGCCUACCACUAGAUACACUGAUCCCGGCAUGUGGCCUUAUACACUGGACUACCAAUCCACGCAAGAUUGUGUCAUCGGUCCUUGCCCCAACGCAAGCUUCCCUGGUGCCUGGGUCAUCCCCAUGAUCUCUUGGACAGACUUAUCAGGAUUUCCAUGCGCUAUGGCCGAUGCCUGUUUCCAUAGUCCAGACACUGAAGAAGGAUGGUUCCAAUUUAUUCUUCAGAACUUCGAAAGACACUACCUCGGCAAUCGCGCGCCAUUCGGAAUUUACAUUCAUGAAGCAUACAUUCGACCUAGACCACAUGUACAGAGAGCUUUGACGCGAUUUUUUGAUACGAUCAACAACAUAAAUGAUGUUUUUAUGGUGAACGCGAAAGAAGUGAUAGAUUGGACGCAGAAUCCAAUUCCAAUUAAUGAAUAUGUUAAGAAGAGUUGCAGACGCACAGUACCUGCAGCUUGUCGUCCCGUUUUUUGUCCGGGUCUCUUCAGCCAAGAUACUGAGAAAACUUACUACCUACGAGUCUGCAGUAGGUGUCCUAGAAAUUAUCCGUGGGUAAAUAAUCCGCUCGGAAAUUAA